AUGACGCCCCCGUGGCCUCUGCCUCUCAACAUCCCGCCGGACGCUCUACAAGAACUCUCUAAAACCCUCACUCCCACCGGUAUUGCCGACUACUCAGCCCUGACCAUCUUCUCCGUGGCAGCCGCCACAUAUCUCUCCCGAGGCUACCUCUGGGACCAGCCUGACCCAUACCAGCAUCUCGUUUACGAACGACCACAGCUCAAGAAUGGAGGUGCUGCCGGCUCUGCCACAAAAGAAACCCGAAACAUCGCCAAGAAAUUGGAAGAGUCCAGAAAAGACAUGGUCGUUUUCUGGGGCUCCCAGUCCGGCACCGCUGAGGGGUUCGCUAACCGCUUGGCGCGAGAGAUCUCGUUGCGAUUCGGCCUGAGCGCCAUGACGGCAGACCUAUCCGAUUAUGAUCCUGAGACCAUCGCUGAGGUUCCACAGUCAAAGCUGGUCGGCUUCCUCCUGUCCACCUAUGGCGAGGGAGAUCCCAGUGAUAACACGGCGGAGUUAUGGGAUUGGGUCAACAAGACCAAGGAUCAGGGGCAGCUGUUGUCCUCCGUAAGGUACUUUGCCUUUGGCCUGGGAAAUAGGAACUAUAAAUACUAUAACCGCGUCGUCGACGUCGUGGUGGAGGCGCUGGAUAAACUAGGUGCGAAAGCUGUGAUGCCAGUCGGAAAGGCCGAUGAUGCCGAAGGUGCUACCCAGGAAGACUUCAUGACCUGGAAGGAGAGCCUAUUUGCCGUACUGAAGGGCCUGGGAUUCCAGGAACAUGAGGUCCAGUACAUGCCCACCUUAUCUGUACAAGAGGACGAAUCCCUGGAGCCAAUUGACUUGCAUAAUGGAGAGCCGGAUGGAGGCUCCCUCAAGGCUCAGUGCUCGCCCAUUCGGCCUUUGGCCAUCUCCGCUUCUCGGGAGCUGUUCAACUCAUCCGACCGACACUGUCUUCACAUCGAUUUGGAUCUCACCAGCCAACCGGAGUUCACAUACAAGACCGGUGAUCAUCUUGCCAUCUGGCCUGGAAACCCUGACUCCGAGGUGGAGCGUCUCCUUCAAGCCCUGGGUCUCUCAUCGCGUCGCGACGUGCCUAUCACUAUUAAGUCGCUUGACUCCGCUACAAAAGUGAAGAUUCCUUCCCCAACCACUGUCGCAACUGUCUUCCGUUACUACCUCGAAAUCUGUGGUCCCGUGAAUCGAGACAAUGUCUUGGGACUGGCACAGUUCGCCCCGACCCCCGAUGCAAAAGCAUAUCUCCAGCAACUCGGUCAAGAUAAGGCUAGUUAUGCUGCAUUUAUCAACAAGAACCAUGUCAACCUCGGUCGACUGCUGCAACAAGCUAGCACUGAGACGUGGAACAUCCCCCUAUCAUACCUCGUUGAAACUCUCCCUCUCAUGCAACCACGAUACUACUCUAUCUCAUCCAGCAGUGUAAUCUCCCCGCGCAAGGCCUCAAUCACAGUCGUCGUCUCGACCACCCCUGUUCCCGAGAACGGAGACGAACUGAUCCACGGCGUUACGUCCAACUACCUCCUCGCUGUCUCGGAGAACCUCCGCUCUGCUCCUCACCCAGAAGGACUCACAUAUCAUCUCAACGGACCCAGUGAUUCCCUACAAGGCGGAAAGGUGCUCUCGCACCUGCGUAAAAGCAAAUUCAAGCUCCCCACUCUGGCCAAGUGCCCACUUAUCAUGGUUGCGGCAGGCACAGGUCUGGCGCCAUUCCGGGCGUUCAUCGCCGAGCGUCGACAGCUCCAGCAGAUCGGAAGGGAGAUUGGCGAGAUGCUGCUUAUCUUCGGAUGUCGGAGACACGAUGAGGACUUCAUCUACCGGGAUGAGCUGGAAGAGAUGACGAGUGUGCUAGGAGAGAAGCUGCGCAUCGUCACUGCGUACUCGCGUGAGGAUAAAAAGCAAUACGUUCAGGAUAAGAUCUCAGAGGUUGGCGACGAUGUUUACCGACUGAUUGAUGAAGGAGCCAACUUCUAUAUCUGUGGAAAGGCGGAGAUGGCAAGGGAGGUCGAGAAGGCGGUGGCGGGGGUAAUGAGCCAGAAGGGUCAGGAUGAGGCGAAUGAGUGGAGGACAAGAAUGAAGAGAAGGAACAAGUGGCAGGAGGAUGUGUGGUAG